AUGGAAACCUCCCGAGGCGGAAUAGGAUGCGGAACCGUACCCGAGGUUCAACUCCCCAUCAUACCCAACUUUUUGGUUAUCAGUAAAACGAUCAGCAUGAUGAAAAAAAUGGUUGUUGUUAUACCUGCGACGGUCAACCAGCUGACGCUAAAAGAAUCUGUUUUGAAUGUUUCGUUAUUGAGAGGUUCGUCGGAAGGCUUGAUAACGAUGCAUGUAGAUUCUGCUUCGUCAAAUGUUAAGUUAUUUGAGGAGUUUACCUCCAAGGAAAAGUCAUUUUUCAUAUUGCAGUCAUCAUGCAUAAGAGGACCGUUGUAA